GAAUUGAAACCUGCGGCCUUCCUUGCUCGUGCAAUCUUAACUCCAACCAUGGCAGUCACUCCCCUGUCUUAGCAAGCUGACAGUUCCAUUACCCCAUUCAUGGCUCUCAAAAUUGGAGCUCUGUCUACAAUGAACAGGCAAUUUCCCAGCUCUGCUGCAGCUUCACUUGUUCUUCCAAGACCUGUCACCAAGUCAGCGUACAGAAAUGACAUCGGAAGAAGAGGGCUAUUGACCUUGCUCAUAUCCACAGCAACUGUUCCUGAAGUCACAGAUCCAAAGAAGGCUCUUCUCCAAGAGUACCUGAAGAGAUCCAAGGAGAACAAGGCCAAGAAUGACAAAGAGAGGCUGGAUGACUACUACAAGAGGAACUACAAGGAUUACUUCGAGUUCAUAGAAGGUUCAUUGAAAGACAAGAACGAGGAGCUGUUAUCUGAGUCAGAGAAAGACAUAAUCAAGUGGCUUCAGAAGAACAGGAAAUGAAAUGCUGGUUAAUCAGUAUCAGUGAUGCAAACUCUGAAUUCAAUGGUUAAAUUCCUUGCAACGUAUGCUAAUUAUAAUGAACGCCUACUCUUGUACUGUGCAUUUAGUCAAUGAUCAGAAUGCAGUGAUUUUUCCUGAACUAUAUGUUAAAUUACUUCAAUAUAAACAGAUGAUUCCUUCCUCU